UCUACAACGCCCGACCCCUCUUUCUCUCUCUAACACGAAAUAUCCCUAAAAAACACAUGGAAGUAGCCUCUCUCUCUCUAUAACAUGGAAUAUCCUGAAACAAACAUGGAAGUAGCCUCUCCUCUCUAUCUAACAUGGAAUAUCCCUAAACAAACAUGGAAGUAGCCUCUGUCUCUCUCAUAUAUUAUAGCUUCUCUUUCUGUCCUCAUUUAUGCUGUUUAAUUUCUCUUUCUCACACUCUCUUCUCUCUUUCCUAUACAAUAUGGCUUUUACUCUCAGUCUCUCUUCUCAUUUGAGCCAUAAAAUUUAGCUCUCUUUCUCUCUCUCUCAAAUUCCAACACUCCUAUGAGAGGACCCAUCAUCAAUCAAAGCCUCUUAAUUGUGUUUCGAACCCAAGACAUAUAUUUCCUGACACCAGAAGAGGUAAAAGCCUGCAACCCCCUUAACAUCUCCAAAUACCAACAUCUUAACCUACUCCAUAACUUCAAUGCACCCUAUUUCUUCUUCCUCCCCAGAUUUUCUCCUCUCAAGUAGAAUACAUGUCCCCAUUUCCUCUCUCUACAGUUGAUCUACUUAGAUAGAGAGAGAAAGAGUGGCCUGUGCAAUUAUAGUGAACAGCAGUCAUGGAUGCUGAGAAAGCCAAUGUUCUGAUAUGGGGCGUCUUUGGGCUCUUUGGGUUUAUGGUAUUCCUCCUCCUCCUCAAAUCUCUCUCCAAAAUUCUAGCAAAAAGCCCCAAAAACUCAGCUCCUUCCCCGUUUUCUCUCUCUUCAUCCCCCUAUAUCAUUACUCGGGAACUCGAUAUCGAAGGUCUGAAAUCGGCUACUGAUGAUUUUAGCUCGCAAAACGUGAUUAAGGUCGGCGAGUCCGGCGAGUUUUAUGAGGGAUAUUGGAAUGGAGAAGAACACAUUGUAGUGAAGAAGGUUUUUGAAGGCCAUUUAGAGAAGGAAUUGGAUAUACGCACAAGCUUGGUUACUGGUUCAAAGUACUUGGUGCCAUUGAUUGGGCAAUGCAUAGGAGAGAGCAUGGGUUUCUUGGUUUACAGACCCAUGGCCAACAGAGAUCUAGCCACUGUUCUUGCAAAUGGACGGUCAGAUCAAUCUCUUCCAUGGAUCGUACGGCUUAAAAUCGCUGUGCAGGCUGCUGAAGCUCUGGUGUACCUCCAUCAUAGUUGCAUACCUCCCAUACUCCACAAUGACAUAAAGAGCAGCAGCAUUUUGCUAGACCAGGAAUACAAUGUGAGGCUUGGGAGCCUAACCAAGGCCCAGAGGGUGACUCAUCAAGGCUCACUAAGACACGAUGUUCGUUGCUUUGGCAAAGUCCUCAUGGACCUCGUCUCUGGUCUAGACUAUAGUGGUGGUAAGGACCCAUACGCUCAAGCCUGGGCUCACAAGGCCUUGGUCUGCAUGCAGGACCAAGGCCCACUUGUUUCCAUGGACCCAAGCCUUGUUGUUGAAGAAGACCUCAACAAAGAGAUCACAGGUGUGGCUUACUUAGCCAAGGCUUGUUUGAGUGAGAGUGAAGAAGAUGGGCUCACCAUGAAGGUGGUCCGUCAGGUCUUGGAUGAGCCCUCAUGGUGUGUAGGUGGUCUAGUGUGGGACCUUGGUGAUGGUUUAUUGGACUCUAGAGAGAUAAAUAAAUGAGGCUGAAGUAGUUUGUACAAAGUUGCAUGGGUCUAGAGAGAUAAAGAAAUAAGGUGGUGAAGAGAUUUUCUCAUGGCUCUAGAGAGAUAAAGAAAUAAGGUGGUGAAGAGAUUUUCUCAUGGGUCUAGAGAGAUAAAGAAAUAAGGUGGUGAAGAGAUUUUCUCAUGGGUCUAGAGAGAUAAAGAAAUGGCUGAUUGGGAUCUAGAGAGAGAGAUAUGAGGUGGUGAGGAGAUUUUCUGUAAAGUUGCAUGGGUCUAGAGAGAGAAAGAAGUGGGUCAUUUGGGGUCUAGAGGCAUAAGGAAAUGAAGUGGUGAUGUAAAGUUUGCAUUGGUCUAGAGAGAGAGAGAGUCAUAAAGAAAUGAGGACGGUGAGGAGGUUUUAUGUAAAGUUUCAUUGUUUAGUGCCGUAGUUUAUGCAUGAAUAUGAGGAAGUUUCCCAAUUUGGAUAGAGAAAGAUGGUCAAAAUUCCAAAUCAA